AUCGUGCACGCACGUGACACGACGGAGCACCAUCGGUGAAUGCUUUCAAAGAAAAACUAGAUCUCUCCGGGGAUAUAUAUUGCAAGGAUUAAUACAGGCAACAACAGCCUUCUAUCCUCAUAAUCUGAAUAUGAAUAUAAAAGGAUAAGCGGCUGCAAUGAACUAAUGCGAUUCUCCUGGUUUCUUAACGAAACAAUCUCUGAAGAUCCUCUGGAUAUUGACAAAGCCGCUUCGAACCAUCUUUAUCCGCAAAUAUGGGAAAAAAAGAUAAACCUAAGGGGAAUAAAGCUGAACAUACCAAGAAAUCACAAAGAAAAUUGGAACUGAAGCUUAGGAAGGUCGAGAGGCAGUCCGGAGAGUCUUCACUCGAGGAUUUAAUCCAAAGUUUCAGAGAUCAUCAGAAAAAAAUCACGACAACAACGCUGGUCGCAAUAUCUGCUCCUGCUCCAAGGUCUCAUUUUUCUUUAGUUUCAUGCCCAGAUAGUGAAGAGCUGAUUAUGUUUGGUGGUGAAUUCUUUGAUGGACGAAGGGUUGUUCCUGAAUUUCGUUUGAUAUUAUCUAGGUUAAAAUGUUUUCCGAUCUUCUAAUUUAUCAAUGUAAAGUCAACCAGUGGCUUAAACUGGAAGCCCCUAACUGCCCAACACCACGAUCAGGCCAUCAGGCGGUGUACGUAAAAACUGAAUCCACCCCUUCGAGCAUUUGGAUAUUUGGAGGAGAGUUCGUAUCACCAUCUCAAACCAGAUUUUAUCACUACAGUGAUUUGUGGUGUCUUCGCUUACGAUCUCAAAAAUGGGAGCUAAUAAACUCAUUUGGACCAUGUGCAAGAAGCGGACAUCGUAUGAUUACUUGGGGAAAUAAAAUCUUACUAUUUGGUGGUUUCAGUGAUACUGGAAGUAAAACAACUUAUUUUGAUGAUUUGUGGCAGUUUGAUCUGACCGUCUUACAAUGGACGCGUCUCGCACUAAGUGGAAGUGCACCAAGUCCUCGCUCAGCUUCUUUGUUCUUUGCCGGAGCUAAUCAAAAGUACGUGUUCAUCGUUGGAGGUUACAGUAAGUCUGCCGUUACUCGGGAUCAAGAGAAAGGCAUAGUUUACUCCGAUGUAGUCAGACUUACGUUUGAAAGAAAUUCUCCGGUUGCCUGCUCCGUCAUUAGAUCUUCUGGCACGCGCCCCAAGCCACCUCGUAUCUCCAUGAGUGGUGUUCAUGUUGGUGGCAAUCGUGCUUUUUUAUUCGGUGGUGUACAUGAUGUUGAAAGUGAAGAUGGAGAGAAGAUGAACAGCUAUUUCCAUAAUGAUUUGUUUCUGUUGGAUUUCGAGAAAGCCAAGUGGCGUAUAUUCAAUUUUGAUGUAGAAAAAGCUGCGCAUUCAGCUGAACGUCUGGAAUACCCAAAUGAAUCUGCCAAUUCUACUCCGCUCGAUUCAUUAUCAAGAAAAUUAGUCAAAGUGACUGUUGGAGAAGCUAGUGUUAAACCACCUAGAGGAAGUGCCUCCGCGUGCAUAUGUCCGUCACCCAGGGCUAGUGCAGGAAUGGCUUUGGUUGGUUCUAAUCUGUACUUAUAUGGUGGAGUUUUCGAAGUUGGAGACAGGAAAGUUACUUUGGAUGAUUUUUACAAACUGGAUGUGAAUCAUCCUAUUUCGUGGGAGUGUUUGUAUCCAGGAUCUCAGGAAACACAAGCUUGGUUUGAAAGUGAGUCAGAAGACGAGGAAGAAGAGGAAGAUACAAGCGAGUCUUCAGAGUGUGAAGCAUUAGAUGUUGAUGAUGAAACUUCAGAUUGCAGUGAGGAUGGUAAGACAGUAAGAAUUAGUUUUCAAUUUUGGAUUUUAUCCUUUUCGCAAGAUAUAGCAGAGUGAUUUAGGGGGAGAGAAAAAUAGUAAAAUGCGGCAAGUUAUCGGAAGAAAGUCUGAGUUCUCCUGUGAAGACAUCCAGAACGACUUCAGAAGAAAGUUAUUAUUUCUUCUCAGCGUCGUCACUCUAAAUAAAGGAAUAGGAAACAAAUUUAGCAGGUGUUAGCAUGGGAAAUUGUGAAUGAGUAUUGACUUUAAACAUAUGUAAUAAAAGAUGAACAAGGGGACGAUUACUAGUAUCUGAUGAUGAUACUAUGUAAGUCAAUAUACAAUCCCGUCAAUUGUAUUUAGGUAUCACGUAAGCUGUCGUCAAAUGAGUGCUGUCAUCCUAAGACAUCGACAUCACUAGUUUUAGUUUUUGAUAGGUACCGAUCCUAUGGUUUCUUUGCGGUUAGCUGAUAUGCAGAUGAGGAAGUUGUUGCGGGGAAUAAAGUCGCACUGUGGAUUGACAAUUCACUAUACUUGUUGACUGUCCACUGACAAAAGUGUUCCACUUUCUCAAAGCCUUUAUGAUAUGGAUCAGUUGAAGCUGAUUGCUGUUACGCUGCUGUUUUUUGUUAAUAAGUCUGGUAAGUGAGACUCUUGUGAUCACUUUCUGUUCGCUUUAUUGUUGUAUUUGUGUGGUGCGUUUCUUGAUGCAUACGUUGUACCAAUUUUGUACGUCGGGUUGAAGUGAAUUUAUAAUAAGUCAUGUAAAGAAUUAUAGAAUCUCUGGGUACUUCGAGUACGCAUCAUAGUAUGAUAUCAAAUGAUGAUAUUACUUGACUUGUGUUCACACAAGCUACGAUUUAUUUCAUCAUUACUGUGCUGUUGCAGAAGGUUGUAGUCUGUUAAUAUAGUACACGAAAUCCAGAAAGGCGUGAGCUUGUACAGAGCGAAUAGCAUUUCUGAACGAAACCUGAUUUCGGAAUAUAUAUUGCAGUUCUAAGUACUUGAUCGACUGGUUUCAAAUUAGGACUUUGCACAGGUUUGCAGCAGUUCGAGUUACCACACUAUGUAGCACACAUAGCAAGAGAAGAAAGUAAAGAGAGAUUUAAAAGAGGGAGAGAUAGUAAACAGAAGAGUAAGGAAAAAUUUAUAUUAAUUUGGAAAACAAUAGUUUUAUUGGAUAUUAUAAACCACAAGGAGUGGAUGCAUCUGCGCCACAGCACAAAUUUUAGCCAUACCACCAAU